GAUCGCGAGUCUUGUGAUUAGUCAUUCAAUACUGGACGAGCUAUAGACAGGGCUCACGAUUGACCUAGUACCAGCUGUUUACAAUUUACGCGAAUGUGAUUAUAGAAUGGCCGCUAGUUCUUGCCUAAUUUUUAAAAGAGGACGUUCCAAAAUAGCUAGAAUUUGAUGAUAAACCAAAUUGUAUACGAUAAUACGAAGUAAUUUUAGGUCAUGUAAAUUAAAACGUAAUUUUGUAGUGCAAUAUCCACCUUUAUUGGAAAAGUAAAUAAAUAAUUACACUUGGUUCCUUCCAAUAUACAAAUCAAAAAUAGCUCAGCUCUUUUCAUAUUACAAUAGCGAUUAGAUGAAUUUUUAAAAUGGAAGGAUUAACACCUCCAAAAAAGGAACGAAACUUUCCCACUCUAGAUCUUACGGAUCAAACAACACUCGAUGCAGCUCAGCAACCAGUCUUGAUAGUUCAAUCACCGAAAACACCAACCCUGUCGAAGAAAUUGAAGGCCGUUAGUCUCGAUUCGGAUCCACCAACCCAAUCGUCGACUCUAGAGGUAUCCAGAGAUGUCUUCUCAAUGCCAAAUACGCCAAAAAAACAAAUAAAGCCAAAAUUAUCUUGCGAUUUCGAAAAAUCAACUUUAGCACCUAGUUUUAAUUCAAAUUUAAAGAAAUUCGCUUCGAAUAACAGCAUAUCUGGAUCUCAAACUCUGAAAACACUACCGGAAAUUAUGACUUUGCAUGAUUUUUCUGACGGACCUGUAACAUUACCCAUUAAAUUAAAAGCUAAAGGUCUCUUAGAACGCAGAGGAUCAAACGCAAGUCUUACUAUAGACUUGGGAUCUAAUUCUAAUAUUUCCGAUGUAAAACCGGUGGCUUUAAACAGACUUAACACCGCAAAAAGUGUAUCUAACCUCAAUUUAUCGACAUUCGAUUCGGAUAAAACGUGUAGCUGUUUGAAAAAGUGCGAAGUACAGUCGAAGGCAGCGAUCGAAAGACGAAAAUCGCAAGAAGCGUGCGGCAAUUGCACGAUAUACGAAUCGGUACCGAAUAAUAUUAAAAGUUGCAAAACCAAAUGUCAGAUAGUGAAGAAAUGUAACUGUUGUACGAAAUCGAGAAGGAAAUCAUUAUCUAACGAAAAUCUGUAUAUACCUCCGUGCGGGUUUUGUCAAACUGGAGCUUUUAAAGAGUGCUCCGGUACGUCUAAACAUUGUAAAGGGAUCAGAAAGGCAUACUAUCCGAGACAACCUGAUCUAGAAACAACCCAAUUACUUUCCGAGGAUUUUAAGUUGCAUUUGGAGAACGUUCAGUAUCUACAAACUGCUGGUAAUCUGCUGACCAUUGAAGAAUUAAGGAAAUCGUGUGAGGUUUCACGGGUACCAAAGCUGAACCAAGAAUUCUGGGAGGUUCCUUUGAAUCUUCAAGAAAAAUGUUAUGUUUCUGGUAGUCAAAGCAGAAAUAGAUAUAAAGGAGUAUUACCAAACGAACAUAGUAGAGUGCAUUUACCUGGACCGCAACAAUACAUCCAUGCCAAUUAUAUUAAAGGUCCAGAUUAUACCGAAACUACUUAUAUAGCAACUCAAGGGCCGAUGAACCACACAUGUCAAGAUUUUUGGGAAAUGGUUUGGAGUACACAUUGUAAAUGUAUAGUAAUGUUAACGGGUCUGGUGGAGAAGGGAUGGAGCAAAUGCGAGUUGUACUUCCCUUUAGGGAAAAAGGACGAAAGGGCGGAAAAGUCUUUUUACUACGUUAAAACCACAAAAGUUCGAGACAAAUUCACGUUCGAUUUGAAAGCGAAUACUCAACAGUACGAAGAGGAAACGCACACAUUCGAAGAACUAAACGAAGUUACUUUUGGGAAUUACAGAAUAACUUACGUGAAUGAAAGUACCCUAGACGAGUGUUUUAUAAGGCAAUUAAAACUAAAAAGACUCGAUUCGACGGCCGAAUCGAGAACCAUCUACCAUUAUUGGUUUUCGAAUUGGCCGGAUCACAAGAUGGCCUGCCCGGAGCAGGUCUUGAAAAUCGCUCUGGACGUCUUGAACAUCAUGAAUGCGAAGAAAAAAACCGACAAUAACGUCAAUGACAUAUCGAAAAAAACCGAUGAAUCUCUAACGCAAAGUACAAAAUAUAAAUUUGAUCUCAAAACAAGAAGUUGUUGUGACAAUUCUGAUUACAAAAUGUCUAAGAAGGAUACGAUGCUCGCUUUAAAAGGCACGCCCGAAGUACGUCGGAAGUCAAUGGAAAAUCUCAAACUACCCGUAAUAGUUCACUGCAGCGCGGGAAUAGGUAGGACGGGGUGUUUCUUGGCCAUCCUGAACGGCAUUCAGCAAUUGCGGGCGAGCGGAACGGUCGACGUUUUGGCCAUUUUAUGCUCGCUCAGGUUAAACAGAGGCGGAAUGGUCCAGACGGCCGAACAGUACGAAUUAAUACACAGAGUGUUGAGUUUGUACACGGAAAUUAUGACGUAGAUUCGACGAACGACUUUCGUAGCGUAAUUUAAAAGAAGAAGAAAGUCCGGGAGAUAUUAACCGGGCUGCUUUCCAGUACCCAAACCGAUUUCAGAUAAUGGAUAUAGUCCAGCGUAAUGGGCAGUUAUGAUGAAACAAAUAAGAGGUUAAAUUUUUUCGAACGAAUGUAUUUUUAAUCGAUUUGUAUGCAUAAUACACAGGGUUGAUUGAGAAUUUUUGUAAAUAUACAGGGUGGUUCAGUUUAUAUCGUCAGGAUUUCAGCAGCUGAUCGACAAAUGACCCCACACAAAUCUUAUGGAAAUUGGGUCCCGGUCAAAUUCGCUUAAUUUUUGAUUUAAUCAUACUGGUAAAUUGUCUCAAUAGCUACAAAGCUCAAAAAUGGAUAGUUUGGCCAGGACAGAGCUUUAAAGCUCCGAGUAUCCUCCACGGAUUUAUGUAUAUGCGCAGUGUGUAUAGACUUUUGAAAUAGCCUAUUUAAUUUUUUUUAUUAUCCAGGUUUAUAUUUUAGAGGUUGCUGAAUUCAGAUCUGUUGUUAGAUUUUCAAAAUUGAUAGUUGGCAGCUGUCAAAUAGCUGUCAAUGUGCUAUAAUAAAGCCAAAAACUUGUUUUUUAUGUUUUAUC